AUGUCACACGAUGAACAUCAAUCGUCUAGUAAAUGCUCCGUGACACAUUUGCUAACUACACGAACAGACACGUCACUGCUUUGGUCUGUUCUUUCACCAGGCAGCAAGGUGUAUCAGUGGUCUACGCCAUCACGGAAAAUACAGAAUCGGCUUGAUGCACGCAAAAUUUUGCCUUCUUCUGAGUCAAUCUCAACGUUGGAUAUUGAAGCUGCUCGAGACGGUCAUAUGCGUCCACUUGCCGCAUUUCGACCAUAUCUGGAAGAUGUGCAUUCCAUAAUUGUUUUGGAUGUGGCAUCAGCAGUCACGGAUUACAUUCGAACACGGCGUGAUGCUACUGCUGCCGCAAGUGCAGCAAGUAUAGGUGCCAUCAGCUUGGGCGGGCCUGGUUUCGGUGCAGUUAGCAGUGGUAGUGGAAAUGAUUUGUUCGAAACUGUUAGCUGGAUGAAAGAUCGUGUCUCGGAGACGGUUAAUCGGUUCAGGCAGGGCUCAGCUGAGUAUACUUCUUCGCUAAACAGCUACGUGAUAACGGUUGGAAAC